CUCUUUAAUCUACUGACUGAAGUUUUGUUUGGUCCUGCCACUGCUACAGUAGGGAUGUCCCUGAUCCCAGUCAUUGAAUAUUGAGGAUCUGCUGAUACCGAGACCCAAUCUGAUACUUUUAUUUUCCUAGUGCUUGGUGCACACUGCAAGUGCACAUUUAGAGGCGUGGUCUAAUUCAGUCUGGGGGAAGUUAGAGAAUAGUUCACAUUGUGACCAGCUUGCAGGUGCUCACAGUUUUUCAGACUUGAGUGAAACUCAGACCACUGAACUUCUGAAGAAAAUGUUUCAAACUUUUGCUUUUUGUGGUUUGUGCUGUUGCUGUCUGGUUGGUGUGUUUGCUGAUCCAGAUGAAGUGAAGUCAGUGUCAGUGACUGAAGGAGAUUCAGUCACUCUAAACACUAGACUCACUGAAAUACAGAAAGAUGAUCAGAUUCUGUGGAAGUUUGGACCGAACAGGUCACUCAUAGCUAAAAUCAGUCGAGAGACUGGGGUCUUCAACACAUAUGAUGGUCCUGAUGAGAAAUUUAGAAACAGACUGGAGCUGGAUCAUCAGACUGGAUCUCUAACCAUCACAAACAUCAACACCACAGACGCUGGACUUUAUGAAGUGACCAUCAAAAUCAGCAGAUCAGAGCAUAAAUACAGAUUCGAUGUUUCUCUCUCUAAUGGAGUGUUUGCUGAUGCAGAUGAAGUGAAGUCAGUGUCAGUGACUGAAGGAGAUUCAGUCACUCUAAACACUAGUCUCACUGAAAUACAGAAAGAUGAUCAGAUUCUGUGGAAGUUUGGACAGAACAGGUCACUCAUAGCUAAAAUCAGUCGAGAGACUGGGGUCUUCAACACAUAUGAUGGUCCUGAUGAGAAAUUUAGAAACAGACUGGAGCUGAACAAUCAGACUGGAUCUCUGACCAUCACAAACAUCAACACCACAGACGCUGGACUUUAUGAAGUGACCAUCAAAAUCAGCAGAUCAGAGGAUAAAUACAGAUUCAAUGUUUCUCUCUCUAAUGAUUGCACAUGUUGUUGCCAUGAUACUGAAGCUUUGACUCGAUUGGUCAUCUCUGCUGUGGUGGGCGUGGCUUCUGUUUUUAUUGUGGUGUAUGACAUCACAUCCAGAAAAGGUGAAAAGUAGAAAUGAAAGAACAGACAUCAUCAUCAUCAUCAUCAGGCCCCUGCAGAUAAAUCAUAUAUUCUCACGUGUCCAACAUUUGGCAGAAUAUUUUCACAUGUACACAACAACAACAACAUUGAUACUGAAUGCCCUUAUAGAUUACAGUUUAGUUAUUUUGGCUUCACCAUAACUGAGAAUAACAGUUUCUCUCACCACUAAGUGGUUCUUUUGGUUGACUAUUUUUUUUUAAUAUAUAUAACUCAUUUCUUUAGAUCAAUAGCGCCACCUACUGGAUCAGUGUUAAAUCUUUAAGGCUUCUUAGUUCUUUAGUCGAUGCAUUUUUAAAAAUAAAGCUGUUUGUUUACAUUUAGUAGCAUGGUGGUAGAUUCGCCCUUUUGAAUAAUGUAGGUUUUCAUUAUUAUUUUGUUAAGUAUUGCAUUAUUGUUGUGUAGUAAGGUUUUCUUUCUCUGUGCUCCAUUCAGCUUUCAAGCAGCUGCUGAAAUUAUCGUGACUUCUAUAAAAAUUAAAAGCAUUUGACCAGCC